AUGGUUGCGAUCACUCGAGCGACUCUAGCAAGUCGACUACAAUCGUCAAACAUAAAAACCAAUAAAACACGUGCUGCAAAAGGCAAAGUUACCAAACAAAAGAAAAGAACAGCUAAACAACGAACAGCUCCCUCAUCAUCAUCAUCUAAUACUACUACUGUUAGUAGCAAUACUGCAACUAUUUCUGCUCCAUUACAAGCAUACAAUGAUGUCAAAGGCAAAAGUGACAUUACCGAUGCACUGGCAUACGAUUGUCAUUGGAAUCCAAUUGGAAGAGAAUACGAUCUUGGAAGAGAUGGUGCAUUCAUGGGAUUUAGUAUUCUGAUCGGACAGUUGUAUAUAGGUAUCCCCGAUACUCAGAUGCAAAACUCAAUUGAUGCACUGAAAGUGAAAGGAUUUCAUGUGAAACACGUCAAAACUGAAGAUGAUUGUAUUAAAGAACUCGAUUCAAAUCAAUAUCAAGUCGCAUGGAUCAUAAGUAAUUCGGACAUCACAAAUCGUAAUAUCAUUCCCUCGAUGACAACUUUUCAUUCGAAUGGUGGUGCAAUAUUUCUCUUUGCGGAUAAUACGCCAUAUGUUUCUCAUGCAAAUGAGUUCCUUGGUAAAAAAUUUGGUGUGACUGUCGAGGGAGAUUACCAUGGUGCAACAACAUUGACUUAUGCAGAGAAUGGCCAUCAACAAAAAGGACACUUUGGUCAACAUGAGAUCUUCACUGGAGUGAAAAACUUAUACGAAGGUGUCACCAUCUGCCAUCCAGUGUAUUCGACCGAAGAGAGUCGUAAGACAUUUGUUCCGAUUGCAACAGCUAGCGAUGGAAACACAUGCAUUGCUGUUUAUGAUCCACCAGCAAGUUCAACAUCGAGUGAAGGGCGAAUAUGUCUCGAUUGUGGAUUCACAAAAUUGUAUUGUAAUUGGGAUGCAGCAGGAACAGCUCGAUACAUAGUGAAUGCUAGUUGUUGGUUAUUGCGAAUCGAAAAUCGUUUCACUUAG